AUGUCGUCCACUUAUAAAAAAUUGGGAAUUGAAUUUAAACCAUUCACAAAAGACCAAAUUUCUGACUCGAUAACUUAGAUUCAGUCUAUGAGAUUGGAAUAGAUACUUGUAGGUGAGAGUGAAUAAUUUGAUUGGAAUAAUCUACUUUAAAAGCCUGAGUUAGUUGAUUGUGUGAAUUUAGACUAAAUUUAACCUGACAUAGAUGAAAAUAAAUAACCUGGCCAAUUUAGUGCAAAAAAGACAUUGUUUUUAUUCAAAAUUGAUGAUCCAUUUAGAAGAAGCGUUACCUCAUUUUUAAACAACAAAGCCUUAAGUAAUUUUAUAAUACUAAUUACAAUACUAAACAUAGUUGCCUAUUCUCUUCCUUAAAGUAAGAUUUCUAUUGGAAUUGAAGUGGUUUGUAAUAUAUUCUUUGGCAUUGAAAUAAUACUGAGAGUCAUUUCUUAAGGGUUGCUAUUUGAGGAAAACACUUAUCUUAAGGAUAAGUGGAAUUGCAUCCAUUUUAUAUCCUUUAUUUCUGGUUGGCUAGUACUUAUUGACUUCGAUCUUAUUGGCCUAAAGAUUCUGAAAUCGAUUAGAUUAUUAAGAGUUAUUAGACUUCCUGAAGAAAUCUCCCCUCUAAAGAAUUAAUUGGAAGCAUAUAUAAGCAGUUUUUCUAAGUUGGGAAUAGUAAUAGUACCAUUUAUUUUUUUUUUGCUUUAUUUUAGUGUAAUAGGAUUGCAUUUUUUUAUGGGACUAACAACAAUGAGAUGUAGAUUAACUCCUGCACCUGAAGAUGGCAAAUGGGAAGCUUCUGAGGAAGUACCAUAUUUAUGUGGUAUCUACGAAUGUCCUGGACAUUUAACUUGUGGCAGCCCAUAUUAAUAUGGUUUAGAAUGGGAUUAAAAGGAAAAUGAUUCUGAAGAGUUUAUGUGGAAUUUUUUAAGAUUUGACAAUUUACCUAAUUCUUUGUUGGUAAUUUUUACUUAUUUUUGUUUAAUUGGAUGGUCAGAAACCAAUUAUAUGUUUUGGAAAGCCAUGACUACAUAUUUUACAGCUGGUUACUUUCUUUUAGUGUUAGUUUUCUUGGCCUUUAUCUUUUCAAAUUUAUUGCUUGCUACUUUUUACGAAUCUUUUAUAGUAAAAUCUUCUAUAAAGAAUUCCCAUUAAAAAGUUAAGAAAUAACAAUAGUAAAUUGAAACAGAAAUCAAUCAGAAAAAACAAUAGUAAAUGACUGACCGACUAGCACUUAUGAGCAAAAAAAGAAAAAGUAUGAAAUAAGAAUAAAUGUAAAAUGCAAACUUUACAUUAUUUUUUUAAGAUCAAUAAUAAAUUGGUUUCAAAAAAGGAAUCUCAUUUACUAAUAUCUCUAAUGAACUUUCUGAAUCAAUAUACUUUGCAUUUCUCAAUAACUUGGUAAUUAUCUUAUGCACAUUAUCAAUAGUGAUUGAUUAUGAUGGUAUUGAUAAAAGCAUUCUUGUAAAAUUAUAAAUCAUAGAGUUUGCUUGCACUCUUUAUUUUUAUUUUGAAUUGUCGAUUUUCUUUUUUGCAAAAGGAAUAUAGAACUUUUUUAAAAAAUCUGUAAACUACCUAGACUUUAUAGCCAUUAUGUCAUAAAUAAUAUUAUUUUGUAUUUUGUAUUUUUUGGAUGAGAAUGUGAUCAUAAAUGAAAAUAGAACCAUUUAAGUCUUUAAAGCUAUAAAGUUGAUCAGAGUAAUCAAGUUUUCAUAUUCAGCCAAAGUCUUUUACCACAUUAGCAUUUUGACUAGAGCAGCCAUUCAAACAAUAGCCAAACUCAAAUCAAUAAUUUCUUUAUGGAUCAUCCUUGCUAUAUUUUUAGCAUUGGUGGGAAAUGCUUGGUUGUAAGACCAAUUAUCUGAACAUGAAACUCCAAUUCAUUAUAACGAUUUUAGUAAUUCUUUAAUGGCAGCAUUCAGCAUCUUCUACAAUGAGGAAUGGCAUCUAACUAUGUAUAGAUAUGGGAGAGUUACUCCAAUUUCAUUCAUUUACCAUAUAAUAUCUAUAUUACUAGGAUAAGUCAUUUUCAUUAAAUUAUUAUCAGCAGUGUUCUUGAAUGAAUUUACAAAGCAAGUCAAAAUCUAAGAAUAGAACGUUAAGCCAAUCGAGUAUAAGUAGGCUGCCAUCGAUCUCAUGGCAACGUUUAAAUAAUUUACGUCUUCAAGCUAACUAAGAUCCACCCAUUAAUUAAGUAGGGGUAUAUCUAAUUUUCCUGGCAAUAGAUCCUUAAUUUAAAAUGUAAGAUAGGGUAUUCUUAGAAAUCUGAAAUUAAAUAAGAAGAUUACAAAGAUAAUUGUACCACAAAAAUCAUAAUUGGAAUUGGAUAAUCUGGAUUUCUUAAAAGAUUAGUAGUUAAACACCAACAAACCAUAAUUCAACGAAAUUGAGAAUGAUGAAUUAUUGCACUAACCAUAAGCAAUUUAAUAAAGAUCAAGAGAUUUAAGCAUUCAAAUUGAUUAAAAUAUUGUGUCCAGUUAACAAUAAAUUCAAACAAAGGUGUAAAUGAUGAAGACAAUGUAUGUAUUUAAUGUGGAUAAUUAAUUCCGUUUGCAUGUUUAGAUGAUAAUAAAUUCGAGGAUAUUUAAAAUAUUGGGAUUUAUUGCUGUUGGAUUAUCUGCUAUUAGAACUAUGUUAGUAACUCCUUUGUUAGAUCCCAAUGCCGAGUUAUACGCAAGUUUAGAUAUAUUAUACAUAAUAAUAACAAGUUUAUAUUGCCUUUUUAUAUUUCUCCAUAUUGUGGCGCAUGGAUUGUAUGGGAAUUCAAAUGCUUUUUUAACCCAGUCAUUUUAUAAUGUUUUAAAUUUUGUAAUAACUAUUAUUGAAAUUGUUGUUGUAACUACAUCCACUAGAAAUCAUGUUAUAAACUUUAUUUCAAGUCUUAGAGUGUUUGAAUUUAUAAAAUUAGGAGCAGAAAUAGCCCAUAGCAUCAAAUAUGCUUAAAUAGCUUUAGUUAAUGCGUUGGUGAAGAUGGUGUAAUUAAGCAUAUUUUGCUUUAUACUUUUUUUAGUGUAUGGAACAUUUGCAAUGAAACUUUUAAAAGGAUAUAACUAUUAUUGUACAGAGGUAGAUCAAGAGGAAAAUCAAGUGCAUUCAAACAUUGAUUGUAUGGAUUAUGGUGGCUCCUGGCAGAAACAUAGAUUAGGAUUUGAUAAUAUUUUGGAUAGUGCAUUGACUCUCUUCGUAGUGGUUACUUCUGAAGGUUGGUCGCCAAUUAUGGAAUAAAUUUGGUCAAUAAGAGGAGAGAAUCACACUCCAGAAGAAAAUUAUAAUAGGUAUUGGGCGAUUUACUUUUAGGUAUUCUUUUUUAUUGGAAAUACAUGCAUGCUUAAUAUGUUUAUAGGUUUGGUGGUAAGCACAUAUGAUGAAUCUAAAUUGAAGGCCGAAGGUACAUUUGAGUUGGAAGGCAAUCAAAGGGAAUGGUUUGAUAUUAAAAAGUCAAUUCAUAAAUUAUAACCAAAAGUGAAGUCGAGAAGACCAAAGGCAUUUUUCAGAAAAAUUGCUUUCUUUUUAGUUAAGAAUGUAAAUUUAAAGAAAAUUUACUUGGUCGUUAUAUUCAUUAACACUUUAUCUUUAAGUCUCUGCUAUGAGAAUCAAGAUGCUCAAUAUAAGAAUAGUUUAGAAAUCAUUAAUUUUGUUUGCAUUCUGAUUUUUAUUUUUGAAAUUGUUUCUAGAUUUAUCGCCAAAGAUUUUAAGAUCUAUAUCAAGGAGUUGAUAAAUAUAAUAGAAAUUAUUGGAAUUUGGAUAUGUUUGGUUGAAAAAAUAAUAGAUAUAAAGGAAAUUGGAGAGUUUUACUUUUCGCGUUGUUUUAAGGCACUUUCGGUGGCUAUUUAAAUGCUGAGAAAUUUCAGAAUUAUAAAGCGUUUCAACCAAAUAGAAAGAUUAUUUCACUCGAUAUUCUCAGUUAUACCUAAUGCAUUAUCUAUGUUAUAUAUUAUGUUUGUAUUUCUGUUCAUCUAUACGAGUCUUGGAAUUGACAUCUUUUGUUAUUUAAGGCCAUAGAAAUACAUUGAUGAUUUUGAUGUACAUUUUCGAAAAUUUACAACUGCAAUGUUUUCAUUGGUAAGAGUUGCAAGUUCAGAAUUAUGGUGGGAAUUGUUGGUAGAUGCGUUGCAUACUAGAAGUCCUGAUUUUGCCUGCAUUGAGAUUGAUAAUUACUAAGACUUCUUGGUCUAUGGUUAUAAUGGAUGUGGUACAACUAUCGCUUACAUUUAUUUCAUAACAUUUCAUUUGAUAUUUUCUUUGGUUUUACUAAAUUUAUUUAUUGCCUCUAUUUUGGGAGCUUAUGAAGAGCAUGCUAAGUAGGAACAGAAUGCCAUAUCAAAAUAUUAAUUGAAUGAUGUACUGUCUUAUUGGGUAGAGUAUGAUCCAUAUGGAACUGGUUUUUUAAAUUACAAAUAAUUUUGGAGACUUUCUUCACAAAUUGCGAUAUGUUUUGGAGUCAGUGGGAAGGAUUUGUUGAACCCAGCAAAUAAGAAGAACUUUUUAAAGGCACUCAAUAUUCCCUUGUACGAGGAGAAGGAUGGAUUGAUGGGGUAUUUGUUUCAUGAUGUCAUUGUGUCUCUUACGAAGAUCAGUGUUGAAUUAAAAUAUGGAGUUAAGGAUUUGGAGAAGAAAAAUCACUUAGAAAAUGAAUUUCAUCAUGAUUAUUAUCGCCAAUUUUCUAGGACUCCCUAUAAUAGUGGACAAAUGACAGCAAUAAUAUAUUUGCAGAACAAGGCAAGAACUCUAAUAAAUAAAAAAAGAGGGAUAAACUUUUUAAAUAUUGAGGCUUUAAGAUAAGAAUUAUAACAAUAAGCUGAAAAUUAAUGA